AUGCAGCGUAUUUUGCUUGACUUGAUGAGCAAAGAAGUGAAGGAAAUCAAAAAGAGCGGCGUCGAUCUCGGCAGCUACUCUGUAGAACUUUUCUCAACCUGGGGCGGUCUGAGAUUGUGGAUAGAAGAACGAUACGAACCGAAGUCAGACCUCGUCGACGCGCGGGGAAAAGAAUGUGUAGCCAAUCUUAGAGAAAUCCAAGUCCACCUCUUCAGCUUGAUCUACCACAGUGCCGUUGAGUUCUAUUCGAAUCUGAAGAACCGAUAUGACAAGAAGAUCGAGCAAAAAGAUCUUAAGUGGCUAAACGAUCCGCAGGCAAGUAAACUCCACGAACUUGCUAAAUUGCGAGUAUUUCAUGAGAAAGGAGAUCUCAAGUUCGAAAUUUUCCCGAAAUGGGAGGCGUUCAUCAACAUCAUUGGCGAAAUUAAAAAGACAGCUUCAACGACACGAAAAAAAGUCUUGAUAACAUGCAGAAACGCAAAAUCCGGACGAGAGGUGCUCGCGCUAUUGAAAAAAUCCCCAGAAGAAAUACUAGAAUGGCAGUAUCGUAGAUUUAUUCUAAACCCUGAUUCUGGAGAAGAAGUCUCGGAGGAAGAAGAGUUGCCGAAAGUUGGGGAACUAGAUAUUUUCUUGUUUCUUCUUGAUAACGACCCUGGCUUCGGAAUAGAAAGUGUGAUUUACGAUAUGCGACCUGAUUUCGUUGUGAUAUACGAGGUCAACUUGAAGACGAUUAGAGAAGUUGAGCACGCUAAGGCGUCCCUUAUGAAGUCCAAAUGCAAGCUCAGUGUCUUUUCAGUGUCUUAUGUAGACACAGUAGACGAAGCUCAAUUCGUUUCGACAAAGAACAGCGAAAUACGAGCGUUUGAGUACUUGCUCGAGGAGGCAGAUUCUAUCGAGAACAAGCAGACCCAUGAAGUGGACAUUGAAAACUAUGACAACUGGCCGGCGAUUGUGAUCGAUACGCGCGAGUUUAAAUCAGAACUUCCUGGAAUGCUUUUUCGUCACCAUCUAAGACCAAUUAUAAGCAUGAUUGAGGUCGGCGACUUCGUUCUUUCGCCGCAGAUGGUCGUCGAGCGGAAAUCAUUGAUGGACUUCAUUGGAUCAAUCAACAACGGGAGACUGUUCACGCAGCUAACGAAGAUGUGCCGACAUUAUACGCGCCCGAUCUUGCUGCUCGAGUUUGAAGAAAAUCAACCCUUCACCUUUAAAGGGGCGAGAGUCAAGACUUACUCGCUUAAACGUCAGGGUUCUCUGGUCAAGAUCACCCAGUCACACGGCAAUAAUGUUCAGCGAGCUCAAAAAGAUACGGAAGACCCAAGUAUCCUUUGCGAAACCGAUAUCGCUCUAAAGUACAACACCCAACAGGUAGACGCCGCACUUACCUUGCCAGGUAUCACUUCGAAAAAUGUGGGUUUGGUCUUGGACAAUUUCAACAGUCUCAGAGAUCUUAUUGAGUCUCCAGAAGAACGAAUAGUUAAAAUCCUCGGAAAUGAAGUGGGGAAAAUGAUUUACGAGUUUAUUCAUUACAAACACGAAGUUCAGAAAAUUCAAACUGCCAAGAAAACGAAAAUGGGAAGCUAUCAGAAGUACAAACUUGCCAAGCAGCAGAAGAAAUAG